AAGCUCCCAAGUGUCCGCUGCAGUGGCCCCGGAUUCGUAUAUGUGAAAAGUUGUUGUGACGAAAGGAACUGAUUACAAAUUUCUGCUUUUUAUCAAAAUAUAUGGUUUGUGGCCAGAAGGAAAACGUGUUCCGUUUUUAUCUUCUAUAUAUUGAUAAUAGGCUAGACGACGUCGUCGUCGUUGUCGGCAAACCGUGAGUACGUCGCGUUUCAAGUCAAGUUCCGCCUGAGGCCGCGCGGGUGUGUUCGUGUACCGUUUGUGGAUUGUUUCGUAUGUAACGAAGAAAAAAAAAUUGCUGAUAAAUUUUAUCACCGCUUGUUGUUGUUUUUGCCGGCCUAGCUCCUCUGUACCGUUAACCUCUAGAGUUCCAGAGAAAGUCCCGUGGGUAAACGUGUGUGCCAAUCUUGAUAAGGGUCAACCAUUGACUAAGCUGGGCAGAUUCGAUCGAACUAGGCACAGACAACAACCUAGAACCGACUGCAAGAUGUCUGGUAAGGAUUAUUUCGGCGAGAACGAUACGACGUAUGAUGUGGCCGUUGCUGCGUUCAAGUUACCAGUUGUCGUGUCACCACAAGCGAGUGUACAACAAGCAGCGAGCGAUAACGGCAGCAGUUGCCAGAUCAGACAUCAGCGACAUCAGAUCGAAGAUCAUUCGACGAUCGAUAGCGGUGCGGAAAACUCACAGGAGAAUCCCAAGGAAGUAGUAAGUGAAAGUGAACAGAGUGGUGCUUGUAAACAAUCCGAUAACGAAUCGUCCGGUAGUAGUGUCGUGCGAGAUAAGACCGGUAGCUUAUCAAGUCAGUUCGCGAGCCGCAGUGUAGGUGGUGGCGACCACACGAGUGAUUCUAUGAUUUACCCAACGAUAAGAACUAACGAGGAGCAUGUAAACACUCCUUCGGUGAUAACGUCCAGUUCAAAACAGCUGCAGGAGAGUGCCCAGAAAUACGAAACAUUGGCAAGCGUGAAUGCUCAGGUGCAUCCAGCCCAGAGUUCACCGCCGCGAUAUUCGACACUUCAGUCUGUGAUAAGCCCCAACCUCCAUCAACAGCUGGUUCCACCUUACUUCGGUUACCAGGAGCCAGUGUUCAGCAGCUGGCCGUAUGAUCUUUCCUAUAAGGCUGCUAACGAUAUCGGCCGACAUCCGUAUCAUCACGAGCAGCACGAGUCGGAAAACGGUGAGCGAGCUUUGAGCCAUCACCACGAACACCAUCAGCGGAACGUCUACGACGAGUCGCAUCCGAAUUCGCACGAUCCGCAUCAGCGCUCAAAUUUAAAUUUAAGUCUUAAUCCAAUUAGUAGUGAAUCGGCAGCCAUGAGAAGUAGUCUGCUAUCGCUGUAUCCCUCGCCCCUGGCGCAACAUGUCGGCGAAGAUCUGCACCAUCAGGGCGGCGUAGGUCAUCCACAUCAUCACAGCACAGCGAUCGACGAGGUGAUCGCCGAUACGCUAAAAGAUGAAAAUUGUGCUAUCGAUCACUACCUCACCCUCGGUGCCGGUGGAGCCGAUCUGUCCGAGGAUUCGCCCCAACAUCACCAUCACGAUCUGCACCAUGACUUGAAAGACUACAGUGCCGUUUAUCAUAACAACAAUGAUAAGAGUGUCAUCAAUUUCAACCAUAACCAUCAUCAUGACCAUCACCAUCAAUCGAACGCACACCACAAUGGCGGCAUCGGUGGUGCGAACAGCAGUGGUGGCGAGUCGCGAAGUCCCUCGGGCUACUCGCACGAGGAGCUGAACAACAGCUUCACGAACUUGACUCAGUUGAUUAACGUACCUCGAUCGAGCGAUACCAGCACCUCGGCGGCUGUUGCAGUGGCUACGGCGGCCGCAGCGAACAUGUACCAUCAACAGCAGCAGCAGCACCACCACCAUUCCUCGUCUUCGCCGGUACAUGGAGGAGAUCCCUCGGCCGCGCUGAUGCAGCACGGGACGAGCAUCUACGAUACGCUGCAUGGCAGCGGCUCCGGCAUUCCGAGCAGUCCCUCGUACAGCCGCUGCAGCUUUCCCUCGGCCGCCUCGAUGCAGUACUUCAACAGUAGCCCGACACAAGACUCUGGCUCGCACAUGUGGUCUGCCGGGAUCAGCGAGAGCGAGUACAUGAAGGGUGGGCUGCCCGGAUUCCAGCGGAUCGCUUCCAGCACCAAUGCCGCCGGUCGGACCAAUCCCUACAGCGCGAUCUCGUCCUCCUACGGACAACAGAGUGAUCCCUGGCCUGCCCACUACGAAGCAAGUGCGAUCGCCUUCACCACGGCGGCGGCGGCAGCCGCAGCGGCAGUCGGCGGAGUACCUUCCAGCGGAACCGGAAGCGGACGGCGCGGUGGAACACCAACGACCAUCACUCCUACGACGACUUUCUCGGCAGCCGCCUCACUCACUGCAAUGGGCUUCGAUGCGGAUUUGUAUACCGAGGGACGAGAGUGCGUCAAUUGCGGGGCCAUCCAGACGCCGUUGUGGCGCCGCGACGGCACCGGCCACUAUCUGUGCAACGCUUGCGGGCUGUACCACAAGAUGAACGGGAUGAAUCGGCCCCUGGUCAAACAGCCCAGACGCUUGGUAAAAGAACCUCAGAGCUCAGCUCGUCGAGUGGGACUCCAGUGCUCCAACUGCAAUACCACCAACACCUCCCUCUGGCGUCGGAAUCAGGUCGGGGAGCCUGUUUGCAACGCCUGUGGCCUGUACUACAAACUGCACAACGUCAACCGGCCGCUGGCCAUGAAGAAGGACAACAUUCAGUCACGCAAGCGUAAACCGAAGGGCAGCAAAAAUUCAUCGGAUGGAACGACGACGUCGUCGUCGUCGUCGUCGAAGAAUAGCAACAACAAUAAUAAUAACAACAACAGUAACGCGAAUAAUAACAAUAACAACAGCACCAGCAAUAGUAAUGGUGGCACCAAUCACAACAACUCGGGCAGUGUGGUUAAUUCGACCGUGCUAGGAAAUUCCCUAAAUGAACUCAAAGCUCUCAAGGCCUCGAUGGCCCAAACGACGUCAUCAUCGAGUAUCAUCCAGCCGGCAUCGACGCCGUCGAGCGUCGGCAGCAACAUGUCACCGGAUCCUCACAACACUUCACCCGGCGGCCAUCAUCACGGCCAACUGUCCCCGAUAUCCUACACUCAACAGGUUCCAUCGCCGAUCACCAGCACUCCGACCAGUGCCAUCGGCCAUAGUGGCAAAUUUAGCCAACAACAGCAGCAGCAGCAACAGCAACAUCAGAAGGCAGCAUCCGUGUUCAUGAUGACUCCAUUCGGGACCACACUGACCAAUGCCAAUAGUUUGGCACAUCAAGCUGGACUUUCUUUGAGUCCCAUGGGAUACCACAUGAAUAAUAAUGGUCCCUCGAAUGGAUCCACGAUGAGUCCCAAGUAUCACGGGAGUCCUUCGGAAUCGCCCGGAUGUAUGUCCGCGUACUACGAGCUGAUGAGCAAUGCCGAUGCCAACGGACUGGAUCCACAUGGACUGGGAUCGAUCGUGAAGAUGGAACCGAUCGCCGGAAGCUACUCAGCCUACCAACAGGCGCUUCAUCAACAGCAGCAGCAACAGCAGCUAAUGCAUCACGUCCAGAGCAGGAGUCCGUCGGUUUCGGACGACAACGAUCAACAUCAUCAUCAGCCCCAGCAGCACCAUCAUCAUCAGGGCCACCAAUCGCCGGACGGCCUCGAUGACAAACAUGGCCUCCAGCGGCCAACCGUAGUGUCGAUGUCCAGCUAAGCGGAACGCUGAAAUUAAACGAAAGAAAAGAAGAAAGAGACCUCGUCGUUAGAAUCUCAUGCUCAGAAGCCAAAUACCAAAUGAACCAAAAAGACUAAUAACUGAUAGCUAGAGAAAACUGUAGAAAAAACUCUCUUUACAUAGAAGAAGCCACGUGAUGACUCAUCAUGACAGUUAGAAUCAAAAGGGUUCUUAUCUCUGUGGACCACACCAAAUUAGUUAUGAACCAUUUUAGGGUAGGAAAGUGCACUCGACGCCCCGAACCGAAAUGCUAAUGCCAAGCGACCGAGUGCAAUUAGAAUUAUAAGUUACGUUAUUUCUCCCCUCCCGUUUAUAGGAAACAUACAUCAUUAUGCACGACUUUGAUGUCUGAAGAAAUUUUAUUUUCACUUUGUAAAAAUCACCGACAAACACUUAACGCUAUAAGAGUAAAAAAGAAAGGUUUUUAAUCCGCGUGUUAUGACAACCGCAUAAAACCAGAACACAAGAAAAAACAACAAACGAGUGUGUCAUCUAAUCAGCUGUUAUUUCAUCUUCCCCCACCCAUUUGGGCUGGGUGGGAUACAUUAAGUACCAUAUAGAAGAGAGUGCGGAUUUUUGUUGCCCCUCAAAAAGUAGGGACUAACCGUUUUGAUGUACAUAAAUAGUUUUCCCUGGAAACUGCCGCCGGGGUGAGGAGCGAAUCUAAACCGCUAGCAUAUUUAGAGAGAAUUAUAUCCACGUUCACCCAUUCCCCCAAAUCUUCCCACUAGAUUUUAAGGCUUGUAAAAGACAGAGCUCUCACAGAAAUACUUCAAAGACUUUCCAAAUAUUAGAUGCAAAAAAAAUAUCGUGCAGAUGAUUUUUCGAACACCCAUCGAUCAGAUCGAGAACAGUGUGUGUUUGUAAAUUUAGUCUAGACUCUAGAUAAAGGUAGUGUCGGAAAAUCAUCACUUAUUUGUUAGCUCGUAGUUAAGUGUUAAGUUGAUAAGUCCAUUUUAUUAGCGCGUAAGUUUUCUGUUAAUUUCGUGUUUUUUUUGUUAACGUAUCCUUUAAUUACUGUGUAAUAAAAUUGCUUUUAA